UGCAGGUAAUCCCGGGCUACGGCGCACACUGGCCGGCUGGCCGUUCGCGCGCUGCCAAGCCCUCCCUCCAAGGGCUGUUUUGUCUCCCGCCGGCUGAGUCACGUAGAAUAGAUAGACAGUUUAUCAGCACAUGUCCUGCAGAUCAGGUUUGCCGCUUACAAAUAUAGCCUGUUAGCGCACUGGCGGCGGCGCGGGCUCUUGGAGCGCUUCCGGCUCCAGGGUGGCGCAGCGGCAGGGCUCGGGCUGCGGCGCGGGCACGGGUAAUUUCGUGCUCCCAAGAUGGGACACAAAGUGGUCGUAUUCGACAUUUCUGUCGUCAGAGCCCUGUGGGAGACACGUGUCAAGAAGCACAGAGCGUGGCAGAAGAAGGAGGAAGAGAGACUCGAGAAAAGCGCUUUGGAAAAGAUCAAGGAGGAGUGGAACUUCGUGGCCGAGUGCCGGAGGAAAGGCGUCCCCCAGGCGGCGUACUGCAGGAAUGGCUUCGUAGACACCAGCGUGAGGCUUCUGGAAAAGAUCGAAAGGAACUCCCUCGUAAGCCGGAGUUCCCCUUCCAAGGCGGGAGACAAAGGGAGCAGCCCGUUUGUGUUUGAACUCUCGGGGGAGCACUGGAAGGAGCUCCCAGACUCGCUGAGGGAGCAGACGCACCUGAGAGAAUGGCACAUAAACAACACCCUGAUUCAGAUCAUUCCUACCUACAUCGAGCUGUUCCAAGCGAUGAGAGUCCUGGAUCUGCACAAAAACCAAAUCUCCCACCUUCCGGCUGAAAUCGGCUGUUUGAAGAACCUGAAAGAACUCAACGUGAGCUUCAACCACCUGAAGAGCAUUCCUCCAGAGCUGGGAGACUGUGAAAACCUAGAGAAGCUGGACUGUUCUGGGAAUCUAGAGUUAACUGAGCUGCCCUUUGAAUUAAGUAAUCUGAAGCAAGUGACGUUCGUAGACAUCUCGGCAAACAAGUUCUCCAGCAUCCCGAUCUGCGUCCUGCGGAUGUCUAGCUUGCAGUGGUUGGACAUCAGCAACAACAACCUGAACGACCUGCCGCAAGACAUAGACAGGCUCGAAGAACUGCAGACGUUUCUCCUGUACAAGAACAAGCUGACCUACCUGCCCUACGCCCUGCUCAACCUGAAGAAGCUCACGCUGUUAGUCGUCAGCGGGGACGGUCUGGUGGAGCUGCCCACCGCCCUCUGGGACUCAUCCACCCCUUUGAAAUUUGUAAGCCUUAUGGACAAUCCUAUUGACAAGACCCAGUGUCCAGAUGGUGACGAAAUGGUGGAAAGUGAACAAGACCGUCAACACUUUGAUAAAGAAUUUAUGAAAGCCUAUAUCGAAGACCUUAAAGAAAGAGAGUCGGUUCCCAGCUACACCACCAAAGUCUCGUUCAGCCUGCAGCUCUGACACCUCCCCUGGAAGCCUGCAGCUCCCUCCUGCCCGAGGGGCUGUCCAGCUCGGUGUCGAGGGUCCGGUCCCAGAGGGGUGACGGCGUGCACUUAGGCUUGAAGGCCAGAAACCAGGGUCAUAAAUGUUUGGAAAAAUGAUUUUCAAAUUUCAAAUCGAUGAACGUGUCUCUCUGUGAACUGGGGAAUUGAUCAGUGGGUUUAUAUGUUGAUCUGUAAAGGUUCAUUUGCAUACACUUGUUUCCGAGUAAUGCACAUUUAAUAUUUUAGAAAAUGUAUUAUUUGUUAAGAUGAUAACUUAGACCAAAUUCUGGAGUUGAUUGCACAGUUUUCAGGAAUCAUGGGAUAAAGGGCUUGUGAAAACAGUGUUUCUAUUGGACUAGUCAGAUGAGAGUUUAUUUUAUUUUGUUGGUUUUUUUUGUAAGGAGUUUUAAUGCAUUAUUUCUUUUACUGAGAAUAAUUGUCCUUAGGUUUAUACCAACUGCUAUUUCCAUAUGUUUUAAAUUAAAUCAUGCAAGUGUGGGCUCUCAGGAGAGACUUUGGCCUUGAAGGUAGGAAGAAGGACGAGGUGUCUGCCCUUGCGUCGGGCACAGGAUGCUCGGGUGGUGUGCUGGCACUCCUUGUGGGCGGGGGGAUUCUGGCUGGUCACGGAAGCCUUGAGUGGCCUUCAUGAUGGUCAUCUUGCCCUGAGCGGGCCCCUUAGGGACCCCCUGCUAAGGUGGCCAUGCAGUGUGUCAGGGAGGACUAAUUCACGUUGGUGAGGGGUCCCUGGCAAGCCUUCCUCGAGGGUUGCCACGGGAGAGGCUGCCCACGGCCAAGAUGCCGUGCUCACACCCAGAGUGCACUCACGAGACUGUUUUGCGUGGUUAAAGGUGGGGUUCCUUACGGGACUUUGGACGCUUGUAUCACAUCAUGUGGUUUGGACAGAUUGUACUGUCCGUCCACCUUUGUACCGCUGUCUCGGGCUCAACGAAACCAGACUGGGCGUGGAAGAUAAGCUUGAACAAGUGGUUUGUACAUGAACCGGCUCCUCUGUGGUCUGCCCAGUGAUGCUCAGUGGAACUUCCUGUGGGGACGGCAACUCCUGUGUCUGUGUGUCCCACAGAGGGACCGCCAGGCCAGGUGCUCCUUGAGCACUUGAACGGCGACUGGUGUGAAUGAAGAGCUAAAUAUUUAAUUUAAUUUAAAUUUAAAUAGCCAGAGGGGGCUACCCUAUUGGACAGCUUGGGUCUAGCCAGGUGGGUUCUUUGGAAGUUAAUCUGGGCUAAAAAUGAAGGGUGACUUUUAUUUUCUCUUAUCUGAAGAAUCAGUCUGUCCCCAGAGGCAUGCGUUUAACAAGGGUUACUCCUGACACCCCAGUAUCUUGUCUUGAGGGGCCUAAUCGUAAUUCCAAAUAUUUUAUCCUCAGCAUCUGUAAAACAGGCAGAGCAGUCUAAAACCACCGUUGGGGAUUGCUUCAACUUACAGACAAACUCUGAGAAGUAGGUUUAAGAGAUGAGAAGAACAGGAAGAUGAGAAAUCACUGUAAUUGACCCUCGAACAAUUGUAUGUUUCUUUUUCACUC